UCUCCUUGCUGAGGAUGGACCGCAGUUCGCCGCUCUCCGACGCGUGAAGACUCAAACUUCGGAGGCUGAGGCAACUUCGUCUUCCUCAUUUUGAGACUCUCAGGCCGUGGACCGUAGUUCUGGUUUUUUUCUUUUAUUUUAUAAUAUAAACUUUCGCGAGACGUCAACGAAUAAUAAAGAAAAUAAAUUCAAAGAAAAUUUACUCGUCAAAAGGUAAACUAAUAGAGGCAUAUUCUGUUUAAUGGCUGCUGGGGAUGGUUCCCAGCUGCCGGCGACGAUAGCGGCGAGCCGGAGUGUGGAAAAGGCGCUUGAGGAGGCCGCCUCCAGCGGGGCGCUCAGCCUGUCCAACCGAAAGCUGAAGGAAUUCCCCUGCAGCGCCAAGAACUACGACCUGUCCGAUAUCACACAUGCAGAUCUGUCGAAGAAUCGUCUGUGUGAGCUGCCUGAGGAGCUGUGCCAGUUUAUCUCCUUGGAGACACUCAGCCUCUACCAUAACUGCAUUCGUUCCAUUCCUCCUACCAUCUGCCACCUGCAGGCCCUCACCUACCUCAAUAUCAGCCGUAACCAGUUGUCCUGCCUGCCCAUUGCUGUGUGCCAGCUGCCCCUGCUACGAGUGCUCAUUGUGAGCAACAACAAACUGUCAGCCUUGCCAUCUGCAAUAAACAAGCUCGCUCACCUCCGCCAACUGGAUGUGAGCUGUAAUGAACUUCAAGGCUUACCAGUGGAAGUGGGGCAGCUGGAGGCUCUACGGGACCUCAACCUCCGGAGGAACCAGCUCACAACACUUCCUGAGGAACUAUCAGAACUGCCACUGGUUCGACUGGAUGUGUCCUGCAACCGUGUGUCUAGGGUUCCUGUGUGCUACAGGCACCUGCGGCACCUUCAGACCAUCACUCUUGACAACAAUCCCUUGCUGUCUCCACCAGCACAGAUCUGUUCAAAGGGCAAAUUUCACAUCUUCAAGUUCCUGAAUAUUGAGGCCUGCAAGACAACACAGGAGGCACUGGAAAGGGCCUUGAGACCCACAGGCUUUAACAGCUGUCUUUCAGACCAGGAACUCUUUUCAGGACGACAGUAUGGAGGUUUAGACUCUGGAUUCAACAGUGUGGACAGCGGCAGCAAACGGUGGUCAGGGAAUGAGUCUGCAGAUGACUUUUCUGAGCUGUCCCUGAAGAUGGCAGAGAUUUCAAAGGAUCAGAGAAACCUGCAGGAGGAGGGAGAAAAAGACUCGAUGUCAGAAAGAGUGAAUGGUGUGGUGGGGUCGGUGGAUUUUACUGACCGCAGCAGAACAGAGGAGGAGACCAAGCCUCCCAGCUUCUUCUCAGCUGUCUCUUCACAGGAGAAGAUUGAAGCAUUUGCUUCCAUUUCGGAUUCAUCUGCGAACAUCCGCUCGGGUGUGAGUGGAGCUGUAGUGGAGAUGGGUGUGUCCCCUACCCCCUCCACCCAAUCCCCAGAAGAGCGUCGGCGUCCUGGCACCCUUCAGAUCUGGCAGGAAAGGGAGCGAGCGCAGCAGCAAAGGGAGAAAGCCAGGGAAAACAGUUUACUGAAGCCAGUAGUAAAAACAGGAAGCCUUGCGGCAUCGGGGCCAGCACAGACAGGAAGUACAGGUGGUGGAUCCCCAGAGAGUGGGUCUUCCUUCAGUGGCAUCAGGCAGAGAUGUGCUAGUGCGCAGAAUGCAGAUCAAAUGUCUUCCUUCCAGUCCCAAGCACUUCAGCGCUCUGCCAGCCGCCCAGAAGCACCUGUGUCCCCAAAGGCCUCCUCCCCUACAGGAACAACCCAGAAGCCCAGCAGCUUUUUGUUCCGUGCCACUUCCCGCUGCAAUGUGAAGACCUCAGGCUCGGUCCAGUGUCUGACAGACUCUGGUCACAGUGACUCUAGGCCUUCGCUGCGCUCACCCCGAGAGGAGCGCCAGGAUGUUAUUCAGCUUCGCAAGACUCUGGAGUCCCGUCUGAAGAUAACAUUGCCAGAGGACCUGGGAGAGGCUCUCUCCAAUGGCACAAUCCUCUGCCAGCUAGCCAAUCACAUCCGCCCACGUGCAGUGUCAAUCAUCCACAUCCCCUCCCCUGCAGUGCCGAAGCUGAGUGCUGCCAAGUGCCGCCUUAAUGUGGAGAACUUCCUUGCCGCUUGCCGCAAGCUGGGGGUCCCAGAGGCGGAGGUAUGUGUAUCCUCUGACGUGUUGCACUGUAACCUGCCUGCUGUGCUGCACACCGUGGAGACCCUAGUGAUUGUGGGCCAGGAUGGGCAUCGGGACACCCCUCCUGAGCCCUCACUGAUCUCGCCUGGCUUCCUGCUCUUCUACUGCCUGGCCAUGAGCCUGCUGUACUUGCUGUACUGCCAGCUAGCUGCAUAGCACUUGCACACACAUGUUACAGAUUCACACAAUAUACACAUAAUUAGUUUAGAAUGUUCUUGGAUAAACAUGCGGAUAAAAAAUGUGUGCUGCGGGUGAUCAUGAACGUAUAAGGUAGAUAUGUGCCAUGUGACUCUCAUACAGUUUGUGAGUCAACUCUUCAUUGAAUCAUUUGAGGGUGGGUGGACUUCAUACAGCCUCUGUUGCCUAAUGCUGCAAGGCACUACAGUUGGCAAGAACAGUGCAGAGAGAUGGACACUUUGCCUUUCAUAGGCCCAAAAUGCUGUGCAUGUACAGUUGUCGCUAGCCCGUUUAUUGAUACCAUACCGCUAGUUACAAAUAGUGAAGUAGAAUUUGUAUUUCAAAGGCUGCUGUGUCCCUGCUAACACUCCCAAUUUAUGCUUCUCAGAAAUGGUUGAAAGAAAUAUUUUAUAGCUCUGCACCAAAUCUCUGUAGUGCAGCAUCAGGCUUCUAGGUGUAUCACACAAAAUUGUAAAUAUCACUCAAGUGUUUUUUUUUAAUUAGCAGUGCCUGUAGUUUUGUACAGCGGGUCAAAAGUGCAUAAAAGUAUUUUUACAAUAUAAUGUACUGAUAGUUAAACGUUAGGUUCGACACUAAAUUAUGAAAAACAGAUAAGCUGGUGUGCUUAUGCUGCCCCAGUUUGCUUGCUCUGGUUUCUAUCACUGGCUGUCGCGAGUGUUCUCUCGUUCUAAUGCGAACUGCUAACAGCAGGGGGCAAUGUCCAAAUUCAGUUCCCUCAACACUGUGUAUUGUUUUUAGAAGGUACAGAAUUAUUUCCAAACUUGUAAGAACUUUUUUGCAUCAUGUGCACAGUUAAGUUAUUUUAUUUAUUUAAUGCUAUUAAACUGUUACAGUGAACAGGGAAAAAACAUUUUAUUUUUCAUCUUUGUUGUUAUUGCUUCUGUUCCCUACUAAAUCCAGGGUAAAUCAGUUAACAUUCUCAUUUUGCUAUGGAGAGAAAAGCAGUCCUGCUGGUUUAAAUCUGUUGUUUUGUCUGGUUUACACUGUUGGAGAUGGCCCUGUGAGUGAUCUGGAGAUUUCUGGAAGCCUUCCCACCUUGGUGAAUGUUGUUGGGCAGUGCUGUGUUUUCAGGUUCUGAAGGACAUUAAAAAAAAAAAAAAAA